GAUUUCCUCUAUGCAUGUAACUGUAUAAAAAAUACAAUUUGGUAUUUUCUUUAUGACAGAUAUUGAGUAUCUGCACAUCACGUUUAAACCAGCAUGGAACAUUCUCAUGGCAACUGAUUUUGUGGCUAAAAAUACUAAUCUUGGCCCGACCAAGGUUUUUGGUGACUCAAAAACACAUAUAACCACUGAACCAGUUGGUACCAUGGGCUACUUAUAUCCUGAGUACUUCCACAGUUUUCACAUCACCGAGAAGAGCAACGUGUACAGCUUUGCUGUCGUCCUCCUGGAGCUCAUCACAGGCCGUCUUACAGUCGUACCUAUCAGCGACAGUAUAAGAAUCUACAUCCGCAAGUGGGUGCAACAGAGCCUUGACCACGGUACCAUGGAAAAUAUUGAGGAUACAAAGAUGGGAGGGGACUAUGAUAUCAACUCUGUCUGAAAAGCUGUCGACCUUGCACUGCACUGCAAGCGAUAAGUCUCUGUUCUCUUUAAGAAGUUCUCAAAUUUCUGGCAAGUGGCAAUGCUUAGAUGAAGUCUCCACGUUAAGUGAGAAAUAUGGUGAUGAAAUGUACUGAUGAACCCUCUAUAGGAUAGCUGUAACUCCUGUCAUCUGACGGAAACAUUUGGUUCAGACCGGGGAAACUAGCCUAUAAAACAUUAUGGAAACAAAUCAUGUAAAUCAUGAUUUUUUUUAU